AUGGCAGUGGGGACUCGGGGGACUCCUCUGAAGAAGAGUCUCACGGUGCGGUUUUGCGGCCCCGGGGCAAGGAGCGCCAGAAGAGCGGUGUCCACCAGCCUCACCAGGCGGGAGCAGGUGACGUGGUGCUGCUGCAGCGGGAGCUGGCCCAGGAGGACAGCCUCAACAAGCUGGCUCUGCAGUAUGGCUGCAAACACAUUUUAUUUUAGACCUAAUGGGGCUGGAAAUACCAGGCAGAUUAUCCCAGAUUUCUAUGCAUUCAGAGUGAUUAACAAUGGCAAAGUUGCAGAUAUCAAGAAAGUCAACAACUUCAUCAGAGAACAAGACUUAUAUGCUUUGAAAUCUAUUAAGAUUCCAGUGAAAAACCAUGGGAUCCUAACAGAGACCCACAAAGAACUAAAACCCCUUCUGAGCCCAUCUUCGGAGACCACAGUGACUGUGGAACUGCCAGAUGCAGACAGAGCAGCCGCAGGCACCGAUGCCCAGGCUGAUCAACUGAUGGAUUUCUUUAAGGGGAUUGACCAGAAUAUUGAGCGUGCAGUGCAGUCGGAAAUCUUUUUACAUGAAAGUUACUGCAUAGACACCUCGCAUCAGCCACUGCUCCCAGCUCCUCCGAAGAUGCCAAUGAAUGGUGCAGAUUGUGGCAUUCAGUGGUGGAAUGCUGUUUUCAUCAUGCUUCUAAUUGGUAUUGUCUUGCCUAUCUUUUAUUUGGUCUAUUUUAAAAUACAAGCUAGUGGUGAGACCCCUAAUAGCUUGAACACAACUGUCAUCCCCAAUGGCUCGAUGGCAAUGGGUACAGUUCCAGGGCAAGCCCCUAGACUAGCAGUUGCAGUGCCAACCAUCACUUCUGCAGACAGCCAGUUCAGUCAGACCACCCAGGCCGGGAACUAAGCUUUUUUUUUUUUUACAGAAUCAGGCCAGCUUUAGCAGUUGGCUGUUGAUAUACCUCAGCUGUCAUCGGCAAUGUCCUAGGGGUGCUGCAUUUUGCUUCCUGGGAAGGAUGGACACUUUUCAGAAGUCAUUGCAGUAUUCUCAGUUGCACUGGCCCUGGGAAUGGCCUUGCCCAGUCUAAGCCGGCAGGAUCUAAGAUAACAGCGACCUCAGCCUCUAUCCAGAGAGGUGCAGCAAGAAAGCCAUUUCCAUGUGACAUUUAGUGGACUGGCCAUGUGUUCAUAGCAGCACUGUGUGGGACCCCAAGUUGGACGUGCUCGGAGGGAGAGAAAUGGCCUCUGUCAAGGGACCUGCAGUGUGAGAGCCAAUGGGAUCUGCACGGAUCGCGGGGCUGUCGCUGUAUCCUCACUUGCUGUGGAGUGGGGAUUGCCUCUGAGAAGGAGUGUUUUCUGUCUCGCGGGCAAUGGUGUUGUGGAAUAGUCUUGGCAUGCCACCCUGUUUUGGAGAGUGACAAUUACAGUCGUAACAAGCCUACUUCAUGUUGGCCCCCUCAGCCUUUUUGAGGCAAUGCCAUUUCUAGAGUUGAAAAAGCCGUGGACCCAAAUUGCUACACUGUUGAAUAAAGGGCAGUCCUGCUCCUGUCCUUUUAGAGCUGCUUGGUGUGACACACAGGCUGUGCCCAGUUCCGCAGGAGCUGUCCCGCAGUGUGGCUCCCUGGCUUCUCCCAGUUGGCCUUCUCAGAAGGAGCUCUUGCUGGCCAGUGUUUGGAGGGGAGGAUGAGUGCCUGUCACUGAGGCUCCACCAUGGGUGGCGUCUGAAGCUGGGCAGUCGCCAGGCCUGUGCUGAGAGCCGCAGCCCCUGUGCACACCUAACACGGCACGCCACCUGCUGCUUCCCUGGCUGGGUUCUUCGGAGCUCCAGAGCAAGAAGGCCGCUUAGUCCUUUUUCCCUGGGUGAUGCCCCUAGAAUAACACUAUAUACAAUGUAACUCACAAUGUUACAGGACCAAAGGCUUGAUGGAGGGGCUAGAGGCGACCCUUGGGAAAGGCGAUCAGACCACCUGAGGGAGGAAGGGCUUGCAGUUUUCCCAGCCCUUCUUGCUGCCAAGGCAGCAGUGGUGCUGUGGAUGGGCUGGGGCCUGCUGGGCAGAGCCUGCUACUGCUUGGGAGUUGGUGCUACCGUGUGGCAUGGAGGGGUAGGAGGGCCUGAGGUGGCUGCUGGCCCAGCCUCCAAGAGUGCUGGACAGGAGGCAGACACUGCCCAGAUGCUGGGUGGAGGGACAGUGAUGGCCUUUGACGCAUGAGGCCUGGAGAGAAGUUUCCAAGGUCUCACCAUGUAAGAGUGAUUUCCGAUUUCUCUCCUUUCAGUUGUGUGAAAAAAAAUUGACCUGGGUUCCAUUAGCAAAUUGAAAUCGUCUUCAGUCUUAAAUUAGAGACCAGAAUGAUCUUCAGGAUAAAAAGAACUUCUGAAUCUUUGCAAUAGGAAAUAUUUUGAUCAUGCAAGUGCUUUUCCAGCCAAAUGUCUGUUCUCCGUGUCACUGAGGGCCACAGAUUCCUCUAACAUCUGUCACUGUCACUUCACCAGGCAGGCCUUGGAGUUCCAUGGCAAAAUCGCUUUGGUCAGACAAAGAAUGUAUCCUUUACUUUUCUCAAAUGGAAUAAAAAUCAUUUCUUCUGUGAAGGAAAA